GUGAGCCCAUAAUCGAGUAAUUCGCUAAUCCCUGCCCUUCUCAGUCUCCUCACCGCCGCCCACGCCAAGAUGCUGGCAGCCCUGCCGGAGGACAUGCCUACCACCGCAACCACGAGUGGCGAUGUCGAAGUCCAAGGUCCACCGAUCUGGGUGUCUACCAAGGGUGCCACAACGAUUGAUGGCAGCGUGAUGCCUGUCGAGACAACGGUUAGGUCGUCGUCGGUGGUGGCGCAGACGGCAGUUUCGUCCGAUUCCGCUCUCCCCGCCACCCGCCCAAGGACAAGCGCAGGAAGCUUUUCAAGAGGCGCGACAAGUAGCACAGCUUCUAGUGUUUCCGGAAUUGUGGCCUCUGCUUCCCGGUCCAGCUCCACGGCUCCACCCUCAACCUCUGCGCCGGUCUCGUCUGCCACUUCUGGCGCAUUGCGAGCGGCGCCCGGCAUCAUCCUUACCGUCUUGACAGCCGCAUUCUUUAUCUAAUCAGACAUGUCCUUCAUACUGUACAACCUCUAC